ACGACCGUCUUGAGUUCACCGAAUCCCUUCAAGUUACAAGCGAUAGCAUGGCGGCUAACGCUGGGGGCGUGCGGGAACGUCUGGACUUUUAAACAACUUAUGAAACGAGGUCACUAAAUGCAGUAGUAAUGGACGAAGGACGUGUCAUAAAGUGAAGUAUCAGCACCGCAACAAGUCCAGCGAAAGUGGAAGCGCGCGCUUUUAACAUGGCUACCCGAGAGACGAGGCAGUACCGACGGGCCACGAUGAUGAUCAAGCAGGAGCAGGACGACGACUCUGACGCAGAGGAGCCCACUAUGUCGUUCAAGAAAUCAGACGGACGCGAGUCGCAGAUCAUCCACAGCGGUCAUUUCAUGGUGUCUUCUCCUCACACCGAUCACCCGCCGAAGAAAGGUUACGACUUCGACACUGUAAAUAAACAAACCUGCCAGACGUACCACUUCGGGAAGACUAGCACGUCGCAUCUCUCCAUUGAUGCUUCCCUGACGAAGCUCUUCGAGUGCAUGACGCUCGCCUACAGUGGAAGGUUGGUGUCACCAAAAUGGAAGAACUUCAAAGGCCUCAAGCUGCUGUGGAGAGACAAGAUUCGCCUCAACAACGCUAUAUGGAGAGCCUGGUAUAUGCAGUAUGUAGAGAAGAGACAGAACCCUGUUUGCCAUUUUGUCACUCCAUUAGAUGGAAAUAUGGACUCAGGAGUGCAUCGACCAACGGAGGCAAUAGCAACAGAAGGAAAGUACUGGAAAAGGAGAAUUGAAAUCGUCAUCAGAGAAUAUCAUAAAUGGAGAACAUAUUUCAAGAAAAGAUUACAGAAGCACAAGGAUGAAGACCUGUCCAGCCUUCUCAAGGGUGCGGAGGAACAGUUUUCACUCUUUGGGGAAGUGUGUCCAGACACCUGCCGUGUCUUCUACCAGGAUGAGGAUGUCAGCGUGGGGGGCCGUCGUAGGUCCCGCAGGAGUCGUGAUUCGCCCAUUCCGAUGGAGAUGGAUUCGCUCUUCGACAUGGACGUGCUCAUGUCUGAAUUCUCAGACACGCUCUUUUCCACGCUGGCCUCUCAUCAGCCUGUCGCGUGGCCCAAUCCGAGGGAGAUCGCCCACGCAGGUAAUGCAGAUAUGAUCCAGCCAGGCCUCAUCCCGCUGCAGCCCAAUCUGGACUUCAUGGACACUUUUGAGCCUCUGCAAGAUUUGUUUCACACCCUGCGUCAGCCAGCCUUCCCCUCCACCUCCCCUACCACCCCAGCAGUCACUCCCUUAACCAGCAGCAGCUCCCAAACACAGGCUCCCCUGCUGUCGUCCAUGCCGCUCUCCACAGAGCUUUCCUCUCUGCCGCUGGACUACCGUCUCAUCCCCUCCGCUCCUUUGCCCAGCCACCUCUCAGUCGCCAGUCAGGACAAUGGUACCUCCGUCGGUCCGUCCUACCAACAAACUUACAUGCCUCUAUUCCCAGAGCAGGUGACCCCAUCCGUCCCCCCUCUCCUGCCACCGCCGGCUCCUCCUCUCCCGGCAGCCCCACAGCCUCUCCAGUGCGGAGGCGUUUCCACCGUCACUACAGUCCCCCAGCCCGUCCCGAACAUCCCGCCUCCAUCCGUAAUCACGCACACUGCCCCCUCCACUGUAACUCCCACUGAUGCGGCCACUACCUUCAGUCACAGAUCAAGCUUUGAGCUGCCCGCUGCUCCGUCUCCACAGCCUGCGGCCUCCGCCUCACUCAGCUCACAGCCGGUCAACUUCGCCUUGCCCAAAUCCAUUCUGCCUCCUGUCUCUAGCAAAAAGACCAGACACACACAGAGACCGAUUGUCCCGGCCAACCCGCUGCCGUCUCCACAGCUCAUACUCACAGGUCCCACCAGUGCUGUCAUUGUCACUCCGUCCCCUCUCAACUCUGAUGUUGUCCCCACCACCGGUAUGGUCAUUGCCUCCUCCAGUAUUUCUUGUGGUUCUGCUGGUUUUCAUAUUCUCCCUCAGACGCAGAAGUCGCCGCAACUAAUCGUACCCAAAGAGGAAACUGCCACAACUAUAUCCAACAACAAGACGGCAGUACAGUCAGCAAGUGCAGCGCAUGACGGACGAAUCUCAGGUCAAGGGUCGCCUUUGGGAGUAGAACGGGUACCGAGCCCUCAGUCGCCCCUCAACCCCUGCACAGGCAUGGGCAAAAACGAGGCCAGUCAGGGGGAACUAACAACUGUCUUAACUGGCCAGCUGAGCAAGAGCCGCAGAGUGAAUCACAUAUCUGCUGAGCAGAAGAGGCGAUUCACCAUAAACGCCUGCUUCAAGACGUUGUGCAAUCUUGUGCCGACUCUCAGGUCUCAAUCAAAUAUUAGUAAUGCUGCCACACUUCAGAAGACCGUUGACUACAUCGGCAAACUGCAGCUAGAGAGACAACAGAUGCAGGAAGAGACCAAGAGACUACGAGAGGAGAUCGAGGAGCUGAAUGCAUCUAUAAGCUUAUGUCAGGAACAGCUUCCUGAUACAGGGGUUCCCGUCACACGCCAUCGCUUCGACCACAUGAGGGAGAAGUUUGACGACUAUGUGAAGAACAGAACUCUUCAGAACUGGAAAUUCUGGAUUUUUAGCGUCAUUAUUCAACCUCUGUUUGAGUCUUUUAAUGGCACAGUGUCUACCACCAACAACACAGAGCUGUGUGAAACCACCAUGCAGUGGCUGGAUCGCUACUGCGCCCUCCCAGUCCUGCGACCGAUGGUCCUCAGGACGUUACGACAGCUCUGUACCAGCACCUCCAUCUUGACCGAUCCCUCACUUCUGCCUGAGGAAGCUAAAAAGGCUGCUCUCAACCCCAAAAAACAUUCCUCAGGAUCCUAGUUUUAACACUCUGAAAUGUGAUUUUAGUUUUUAUUUUCCUGGGCAUAUCAGUCUUCAAGGAGCCUUGACAGCAACACUUUUUGCCUCCGGUGAAGUCUGCGAUUUGUUGUUACUCAUUGAACUCACUGGACUCCACUCAAGACUGGUGGAAAUGCAGGAGAGCUGCUUGAUUGACUGCUUUAAAUCUGUUGAUAGAAGUGUUGUGGGCAUGAAAUGGACAUCUCUACGUACACGGUCAAACACCUUUUGUAUGUUCUCCUUAUGUACAGGAAGGAUACUUCAUUAGCAUUUACCUAAAUGGGACAGUUUUAAAAAAGAACAAGCCCCUUUUUUCACAUUUGAAAAUGGAUUUAUUUUAAAAAGACAAACCAAAGGCUCUCUCUCUCUCUCUCUCUCUCUCUCUCUCUCUCUCUCUCUCUCUCUCUCUCUCUCUCUCUCUCUCUCUCUCUCUCUCUCUCUCUCUCUCUCUCUCUCUCUCUCUCUCUCUCUCGUUUACAUUCAUACUUGUGUUUCUCAGACUUCGAUGUUUAACUAGAGCUGUUGCCUUUAGACCUACAGAUUUUUACCUCUCAGGGUUUUUUUUUUUUU